GCGAUGACGGCAACUACUAGCCGCCGUGCUGAGAUGAGGAGGACGCUGUCCAAAGCCGAUGUCUGCGCGGUGUGCCUCGAUGAGGUCCGGGAGAGGCAUCAGCGGGUGACGAGGCUGCCGUGCUCCCACAGGUUCUCCCCAGAUAAUUUGAGCAUUCUCUAGAAGUGGUCAGAGAGAGAUAAAAUUAUCUGAUUACGAGUUGGGUCUUGAGGACAUAUGCCUUGUUUGGUGACAUUUCAGCACUCGAGGGCGCAACGUACAACAGUAACAGCCACAGCUCUUCUACAUGCUGCUGCAAAAUUUGUGCAGCGAGCAAAAGAAUGGUUAUUAUCUUCACCCGCUGGUAGUAUCAACUCUUAGGAUAACAUGAAAGAAGCCUUUAUUCAAAAAGAUACUAUCCAGUUGUCAAGAAUUUACAACAUAGGAAUAAGAGCAUCUCUAGCCGCGUCCCUCAAAGCCUUCUCCAAAGGGAUUUGGGCGCGCCGGACAAAAAAACGUUCCCAACCACGCGUCUCAAAGCCUCUUUUUGUCCGGCACGGCCCGAUAGGUGUCCGGUGUCCCGAUCCCGUCCCCGCCCCACAGGGGACGCUCCGGGCACGCCAGACACAACGAAAAGCGAGGCGAUGCAUGGCGGGACCGACGCGUUAGCGGCUCGGAAGUCUAAAACCCCGUCGCCUACCUUUGGUCAAGCGACGUUAAUGACGUCCCAGAUUUUCCAGGUGACGCAGGGACGCGUCUCGUCGUGCAUGGCCGCGUGGCCGUCCGCGCCAAUGUUUAUUGCGUCCAACGACCCGCUGCCGCUUUGCCUGCCGCCGCUGGACUUUAAGAGUGCCCUGCGGUUCUUGUUCAUCCUAAUCUCUCGUCCCAAAUCUUCUCCUCGCCGCUCCCAAAUCUUCUCCUCGCCGCUCCAAACUCUACCCAAUGUCGUCGUCCUCUCGCAAGAUCGCCACGACGAACAACUUCGGCCGCGGUAGCCUCACCGUGGUGGAGGCGUGUGCGUUGUACCGCGCGGAAUUUAUCCCAUCCCACCGGACAUGCGCCUGCCAAGCAGCGGCGGUUGGAGGAUGGCCUUCAAUGGCAUAGGGAUCCCGCCGCCGCCAGGCUCAGAGCGUUGGAGGGACUCCAUCAGGGCCCGACGGUCUGCACUCGACGCCGACGAGCGGGCCGAUCCGACCUGGGCGGCCACCGGCAACGAUGCCUGGUGGGUCGCCUACUUCCAGGCGCAGUACGACAUGGAGAUGAACAUCACCACCGGCCUCGUCGGCCGGCCGAACAGCUGGAACAAGGAUGGGCGUGUCCUCUUCUGGGGCGUUCCGGGGCGCACCCUGGAGAACGUCAUCGACGGCAUCCACAACGGCGCUCCAAGGUUGGAGACGCCGUCCUCACCGCUACCAUCUCCCGCAGCGCGCUGGCAGCCGAGGAGGAAGUACUCGUCCUCCUCCAAGUCUUCCUCAUCAGGGCUGGCCCGAUCGACGCCGUCCUCGUCGCACCGCGCCGCGCCCUACACCGUCCCCAAGCGCGAGGUGAAGGAGGAGCCAGAUGUCAAUCCGAGGGGCGGCGGCAGCGGCAGCCGGCAGCAGCAAAGGCGCAGUGCCACCCUCCUCAUCCCAAAGCCGGAGGUGAAGGAGGAGCAGGACGACGAGGCAGCGGGGAAGGCGGCGCUGCUGGCACAGUACGAGCGGCAGCAGGGACUCAUCGCGAGCAGCGACGACCCCGAGGACUGCCCAGGGCUGCGAGCGGGGUUCUUGGCGUCGCUGAACGACAAGGACGCCUGGAGGGGCGACCGCGACACGGCGAUCGCCAUUUCCAUCCGCGACAUCGGCAAGCCGCUCGCGGACCUCACCGACGACGGCGAGGCUGGACCAAGCGGCCUGGUGAAGGAUGAGCCCAUCGACGAGCCCGACGAGCGCGUCAAGCAGGAGGUCGUCACUGACGACAUGUACAACUUCCACCAGUACUACGACGCUUCGGCCGCCACAAGUACUUCUAGAUUAGGGUUUAGUUUAAAUUUAAUCAAACUUCGUUUGAAUCUAUGUAAUAUAGCAAGUUUGAAUGAAUUCGCUUAA